CUAAGGCAUAGCUUUAGAGAAUGGCGCUGAAAAGAGUAAACAUAAUUUUUGUAUCUUUUUUUCUGUUUCUGAUCUGCCAUGGCUACAUCACUCAUGGAAUCCAGUUUCAUUAAAGGCUGGCAUUGAAGGAGAGUUAUGCCCACAGGCUGACAGCAUUGGCUCCUCAGGCAGUACCAGUACUCUGGCAUCCUCUGUCAUUGAAGUUGAAUCUGGUCAUGAUGAUUUGGCUUUAUGUCAUGAUGAGGAUUACAUGACCCCAUUGCCUCCACCACCAUCACUAUCCAUUACUGAGGAAAUCAUGCAGUUCAUUAACCAGAGCCGUGUUCGAGAAGGCAUGGCAGAGUUAACGUCUGAAGUGUGCCAGAUGACUCCAGAGUCCCUGGAAGUCCAGUCAUUGGAGGAACAGCAGCUGGAUGAGUCCAAGCCACUAGUAUCUGAGGUGGAUGAAAAUGAGAAGCAGACAAUAUAUCCCAAACAAAUAGAGGCAGAAAAAAGGCUGGUAUAUCAUGGGUUAGACAGCCAUCCAUCCUGCGAGGCAAAUGAUUCUUCACCAGAGGACCUAGAGAGACCAUCAUCCCCACUGCACACCUCCAAUGACAUGAAUCAAUCAGGAGAAUUGACAUACUCAGAGCUCAGUUAUUGUGAUUCAUCCAAACCAGAGUUGGUCAAUGUCAUAAGUGAAAAAGAUGGCAAAGAUACAGUAGACACUGUUACUGAAAGGCAAGAGUCUCAUCUGUCAGGUAAUUUGGACAAAACCUCUGAUGACACAUCAUGUGUGGGCAAGUCAGCUCGUGCUCAAAUCUCUACUACAUCUGAAGCAACUGACAGCUCUCUUGCCCCCAAAGUAGAAGUGGAGCAAAAGAUGAACAAAAGUGACAGGCAGAUUAUUAAGAAGAUACGCAGCUAUUAUGAGGCAGCAGAAGCAGGUGUCGAGGAAGGACAGACAGCACGAAGAAACAGCUUCUCACAUAUUCCUGCAGGUGUAGUGAAGGAUUCUGUGUCUAGAUUCAAUAUUUGUGUUGAACGAGAGAGCCUGGUUGACUCAGACAGUGGUCGCUCUGACUGUAUUGAAAAUGACUCAUCAUCUUUACCACUCCCAACAUUGGACCAGGCCAAACAGAUCCUCACCAGUGAGGAUUUUGCAGAAACAGCCUCUCCCCUUUCUCAUUCAGAUGUUAGCCAAGAACAACAAGAAUUAUUUGACAGUAAAUCAGCAGUUGCAAAGGAUGAACAGAUUUGUGAAUUCAAUUCCUGUAUGAAACUCUGGGAGGAGAAAGAGAGAAUGAUUCAAAAUAAUCUAAAAGUCCCUCUCUUGAGGGAUUACAGCUCUGGUGAGUUUACGGAUGCUUCUGAAAAAAAAGAGACAUCUAUAAAUUGCAUGACAACUCUAGUACAACAUGAACAAUCUGAAAUUUCACAAUGCGAUAUAGAAAUUUCACACCCACUGAAUCUGCAGACAACAGAGAAAGCAGAUACAUCUCUUCAAUAUCUAGGUAGAACCAACACUAGAAUGUCUCCAAAUGGGAGCCUAGAUAGCCUUCCCAGUCAGAUUAAGGUUGGCCGAUGGUCUCAUCAUGGCAAGGUAGUUACCUGUAGCCGCACUCUAUAUGAAGGAAUGGCAGAAGUACCAGAUUUAGGAUUUUUUGAGGGUGGACCAGUCAACCAAUGUUUGGUAGAGAACUCAGAAAAGAUUCUCAAUAAAGUGCAAAUGCUUGCACGCAUGUACACUGCCAAGGCAAGCAGCAUGAAGGUACCACUACAUCAGAAGAGAACACGAGUGAGUAGGGGAGAAUGGGCAGUGGAGGCAAAAGUAAGUGCUCCACCCAUGUCCAAGCUACAGCUGCACCAGGGGGAAAUUAAAACACUAAGUCAACCCACAGAAUCAUCAGUUCCCACACCUUCUGAGCCUUUUGGUCACAUCAUUGUAAGGGAGCAGCUGUCCACAACCUAUCAACAGGAAAAUUAUAGUAAUCUUAUAGGGCCCCCAGAAAAUAUCUCUAAUUGGUCUUUUUCUUCUACUAAAUCCUCUGCUACAUCAGUUCAGACAUUAUCGGAAAGAAAAACGGUUAUGAAAUCACAGGUCUUUGUGAUAUCAAACAAUAAAGACAGCUCCUUAGAAAAAUGGGAGUCUCUCCCACAUGACACAGUUUCUCAAGAAGAUCAAUCCUUGUUACUUACAACAUGUUCUGGAAUUCAAGUCCAAGCUGAGCAAGAAAUGGCUUCCGAUAUCUGCAGAUUCUCUUCGGACCAGCAUUCUGACAAUUUAAUACAUUCUGUUCAAGAGAACCAUUGUAAUGCAGUGGACAAAUCCAUUUCAAUAAAUAGGAUUGAAGAAGAACAUCAAAGAGAGAUAUUGCAUGAAGAGAACCAUCCUUUUGUGAGCACUUCUGGUUCACCUAAUGAACUUCUUACCGACUCAGUAGUCAGUACACAUUCAGAAGAAGAGGCUCACAAUGUGGAGGAGAAAGAUAACUUAAUUGUAAAGCCCUGUAACAGUAUAACAUUGAUGUUCGAAUCAUCCACAAAUGAUAAACCAGAUGAAACACAACAUGCAGGACAUUUGACAUCCAAACAGGGAUGGAUUGAUGAUGAAACCACAGGCAGUGAGGAAUUAACAUCUAUAGUGUCUUCUGCUAUUGAUGUUGAAGCAUGCUCUCCACUACAUUCAGCACCCACCUUCGAUAACUGUGUUCCAACCCCAAUGAGCAGUGGAAAAACUACAAUGGCCAUCUCUGAGGGAUCAGAGCAGUCUGAUGAUUUGUUGCAGGAUCUGUUUCAGGAGGAUACAACUAGCCGUACACAACUGGCACCUUUGCUUGGUUCAUGUAGCAAGUGUUGUCCCCUAGAUGUCAAAGCCAAGGAAGACGUGAGCUAUGAUUUAAAAAUUUCAAGCCCACCCUCUACAUCCCCUCUAGGUGCACCUCCUUUGGAUGAGCUACCAAGGUUUACUAGCCAAAUACCUUCCAAUCUUCUAUCCACCACAAGAAAGAGGAGUCUCUUUAAUUGGAAUUCAUCCUCUCUGGCCUCGUUCCCCCAAAGACUGCCACAUACUGCACUUCGGACUGAGGAACAAAUUCUAGAGACUUCAGUUUCUGAUCUUUUUCCUCACAAACAAUAUUUCUCCCAGUCUUUUAAUGAUAAGCCUCCCAUUGGUUGUGGACGCCCACUAGAUGCAAAACCACCCUCUGCCUUUAGUCCCAAUCUGCGAAUGCAUUCACCCUCUCCAAUUAGAGGUGCUCAGAACCCCAGACCUUCCUCAAUUGCUUCAGCUCUUACAAAGUCCCUUGCUGCCUCUUGUAUCAGUCAAACAAUUUCUCAAAGCAUGGCCAAGGAGAAUGUACACCUCCAGACUGCUUCACCACCAGUAAGCUCCCCUCCUCCCCCCAUAUCCUCUAUAAGACUAAGGUCACCUUCUCCUAAAUCCAUCACCCUGGACUCAAGUGUGGAACCAAGUUUUGGGAGUAUAUCCAGAACAGGAGUAGAGAGUCAACCCACAAAAUUCUCUCCUUCCCCCUUCACACCAAGCAGCCUUCGAUCCAGUCCAGCUACAAUCCAGUCCCCUCCUCCUUAUCAUAGUCAACGAUCAAUAUCCCCUUCAUCUCCAGUUAGCCUUCAUUCAGCUUCUAAAAGCCCAAGUUCAGCUCAUGAGCAGCCUCCUUACACCAAUUUAAAUGACAAUAACAACAAUAACAACUGUUUGAGCAAUAAUGGGUGGGCCACUAACUACCAAAAAAGAACACAUUCAAAUGUGGAUGGAUCCUCUCAUUUCCAAGAUACAGGAACAACCUUGCAUAACAGAGUGGCUCGGCCCUUUCCAUCCUCUGAGCCCAGCUCUCGUGUGCAGUCGCCCUCCCCCUCUUUUUGUCCAUCUCCAGUCACUUGGAUCUGCUCACCUCCACCUCCCCAGAACCAUAACAGUCACUUGGUAAUGAAGCCACCUUAUCCCCGGACCCCCAGACAAGGUGGAGCAGGUGUUUUUACCCCUCUAUCUUUGGAACUCUCAAGAUCAAUGUCUGCCUGUUCAUUAUCACCCUGUGGAAGCCCAAGAAUCACCUCUCCUCCCCCUAUCGGCAUUCCUUCAAGUGAAUGUGGCUUUGCUAACCCACAGCCAAGGAAUCCCUCAUUAACAAACAUACCUUCUCUAACAAAAGCAGAGGCCAGCUUUACACCAAGAGGCGCCAGAAUCAUCUCUCCUAUUCCAACAGGAAUGUCAUGUUCAACAAGCAACUCUCAGAGUCAGAGGAGGCAACAGGGAAGCAGCUUGCCCUUUGUUACUCUAAGAGACAGAUCAUCUAGCCCAGCUAGACAUGAGCGUAGGUCUUGGGCAGAAAAUGGACGAUGGUCAUUGGGUUCAGAAUCAGGGUUAACAAGUCCUCAUGGGGGUUCAUGUGGUAGUCCAUCUUCCAUCAGUAGUCCUGGCCCUCUAUCACCUGUCAAACUAACACCUGGAAGGACCAGGCAUAGUGGAAAACAUUUCACAAGCAUUUCCUGGCCAGAUGUACAUGAUCUGUUGACUAAAUAUAACACAGACCCCAAUACCCAAAAUGAUACUUUGUCUUGUGCAGAGCAAGAUGACAUGCAGUUAGCAGAAACUACAUGCCGCAGCACUCUGAUUUGUCCCUAUGUAGCUCAGGCCGACUCUAGCUAUGAGACAGAGACUCACAAUCAGUGCCCAAAGGAGGACAAAAGAGAAGACAGUAUUGCUAAUCAAGGGGCCAAAACAACAUUAAAAACCAGCUACGCCACUACUGUCAACUUGCAGAUUGCUGGUAGUGGGAGAAUAACAUCCUUUAGUAACGCACAAGUCAGCCUUACCCAAACACUGGCCCCUGUGACUGAUAACCAGAACAGAAGAAGGGUCAGCAUCAACAGUUGCAACUUCUCGAUGCAGAACUGCAAAAGGCUUUGAGUGGUGUGCUUCUGAGGUGUAGAAUGGUGCCUCAUGUUUCAAUGACACUUUAUCUGGCACUUUAGCGUAUAGCAGAGAGGUCAGUUAAUAGAUCUAGGUUCCCUUCACUCAGAAAGAUUCAUGGAUGAUAAAUUACGGGUGUCAGACAAUUGAUGCUAUGGUCAGUGAUUUUUUUUAAACCCUUUUGUUACAAAAGGUGCUUUACUCAAAGUGGACAGAUUAUUAAGGUUCAUCCCUAGUUCCUAGCCAGGAUACAAGUAAAACAGCAUUGAAACUCCUUUGCUUAUUUUGCUAUAUUUGCCAGUGUUGUUUUAUUGCUCUUUUUAAGACUCUUUAAUAUGCAAAUGUAUUAUGUGUAAUUGAACCAAAGCCUCUGUCAUUAAAGGCUUUUAGUUGGCUGUGAUAUAUACAGAACUCUUAUUUAUGAAGUAAUUGUUUUCUGGCACUUCAGUCUUGUUUCUUUGUUUUGCACGUUUCUCUUAUGUGGUAUAGACGUGUCUGGAAAAUAAUGUUUCAGACAAAACAUUUUCAUGCAUAUUAAAAUAAAUGUCCAUUUCCUUGUUUUACAUUGAAAAUUUUAAUUGCAAUAUCUACACAAAUUUGGUCAAUAUGACAUUAUAUUUAUAUUUUAAAACAAGGGAACAUGAAUCGCUGCUUUGAUUGAUGUUAACCACAACAUCAAUCCAUCUGAUAUUGUUGUUGAAAUUUUUGCUGUACACACUGAAAAAGCAUUCCAUCAUGCCCUAGAAUUGUAUUCUAGUGCUGACUGGCAAACUGACUUUGUUUUAAUUUUGUUUAUUUUUAGUAUAAUAAGUUGCUAUUUUUAAAGGAGUGUGUUAAAUGUGCAUUUGCUAAAGAAUCUAAGGGAAAAUAAGGAAAAAGCAGUUUUGAGAAACCAGUGAAACUUGUGUUUUAGAUUUGCUUACAUAAAGCCUUUAUGCACCACAUUAGAUUUCCAGAAAUGGUACAAUGAAAUCAAAUUUGUUCAAAAUCUGUUAUCUGUACAUUUUUUUUCACACUGUAGGGAAAAUGUGCCUUCUGUUAUUUGUACUAAAAUAAAACCUGUGUAAUUAUGA